GUGAGUGCGUGUUUGUGUGUGCUCCAAGAUCAGGCGCCCGCGGGGGGGUGGUGAGAGCUGGGCCGGCCAGAUUCCAUCGGCAGCCGCGCUCUCUCAUUGCCGCAGAAAAAAAAAAAAAAAAAAAAGUUAUAUGCGCUCCGAAUGCCACAUAAUAGAUCGACGAGUGACGGUCGGCCGGAGGUUUCGCUGCGUGAGGCUGACUAAAAACUCAUUCGGCGUAGAGGGAACCAGGGAACCGCAAGAGUUUCGCCCAUGAGGGGAACUCGCUGCAGACCGCUGUGAUCAUGUCCGAGAACUCAGAGGAAGAGCAGAGUCCUGGGGUCUUGGGCCGCAUCGGGAGCUGGCUCUCUCCAUGGAAGGGAAGGAGUUCCAAAAGUCCCAGUGAAAGUUCAUCCCCCACUUGCGAUCAGGCAGUCAGGUCGGACGGAGAGCAUUGUGCGGGAUCUACGCAAGCCGAGAGAAGGAAACCCAAGCGGGAGGAGAAGGAACAAAGCUCCUAUCCCAAUAAACUGGGUCCCUCAAGAGACAUUUUCCGCUUUGAAGAAGUGGACGCCGCACAGUCUGCCCACAGAGAAGGCUCUGUUGUAAGCAACCAAAAAACUCCUCCCAAAGAGGAGGAGUUUUUGCUCAGCAAAAAGAACCGAGCAGGGGAAGCGAGCGGGAAUUCUGACAGGAGUGACAGUCAUCUGACGGAUCUCUCCACCACCGCCUCCUCUGAGCAGGGCGUGGUAUGGAAAUCUGACUGGGGAAACACCCAGCCUUUGGCCCAGAAACCAGCACAGGCCCAGGCAGGAAGGAGGCUCCAUGUGUACCUGGAGGAGACCAGUGUGACUCACUGUGGGCAAGACACAUUGACAGGGCAGGAAGUGAUCCGCACCACGAUUGAGAAAAAACUGCCAGUCUUAUCAAAGGUGAAAUCACCAAAGUCACCCAGUUUUGAGUCGUCACAGAACUCAAGUUCAAGAACAAACAAAAACACGAGUGAAAAUUCAAACUCUGUGGUUGUAACAGAGGAGGGAGUGUCACAGAAAUUACACAAAGACUGGCAGUUGGCGCUUGAACAAGACAAAGCACAAACAGAGGGUGGCAACAUGGGUCGUAAAAACACUGCUAAGAAGAAAACGGCGAAGAACUCUCAGAGAGAUGAAGCGUGCACCCCUAAGGAAAAAAUGCUUCCCAAUGUCCAACCUGGUCAAGAGGGAUUUCCUUCAGCGGAAAUGUCAACAACUAGACCACGGGGUGAAAGUCCACUGAGUCAUGGUGAAGAGCAACAUUCAGACUCCUCCUCCAAGAACGGCCUCACCUCACUGGCCUCACCUGGAGGUGGAGAAAAUAAAACUUCCUGUCCCAAGUAUGCAGACGAAUUCCUGGGCUCAAGAUCAGUCACUGAAACGCAUCGUACAAGCGCCGUCGAUGGCAGUGCAGGCAUGGAGGACGACGACAGUUUUUACAAAGUGGAGAGGAGGACAGAGACCCCAGAGAGCAAACGGAGAAGUAUUAAGGUUUCUCGGAGUGAGGUGAAACUUUUCCCCAAAAAUGUGCCUUUGAACGCUGAAAAAAGUAUAGCAGAAGUGGACCUGGAAUUUACUUUGGCACCAGACCAUAACAAAAAUGAAGCCAAGGGAGACCCCAAAACACAAACUGAUGGAAGGCAGAAAGACAUGAAGAACCCCAAGGAGAAGCCAGUCAUUGGCCGAAUUGCGGAUAAGAUCAACUUAUUUGAGUCCCAGGGAGCUGUGGCGGACCUCAAAAGAACCUUCCGACAUCCUAGGAGCGCUGAUGUGUCUCCUGCUAGGAAUUCUCCUGGGAAGUUAAAAGCUGAAUUUUCUUCUUCCACGCAGCGGUCAAAAUCAGCUGAGCGAUAUGGCACUGAGAGUUCCAGCCCUGCGCAGGCCCAAAACGAGAUUACAGCGACAGUUAAACAAAGAGUAAGGAACUUUACAGAGGAACCAAAGAAAUUUCCUAAAUCGAUGCUGCCUCAAAAGUCGGCCAAGAUAGGAAUUACAACAUCCACCACAUCUGUGGCAACCACUGCAUCGAAGUCAUCAAAACUCGACAGUCAAGGUAAACUGGAUACUAAAGCAAUGACAGGGAUAAUACUAAAACCAGAUGGACAGGAUACGACUGCUGUGGAGUUAAAAGUUUCCACACCUCUAGAACAACAUGGGACACAAACCUCAAAGGCAGCAGAUCUGAGUCUGAAAUCUAGCAAUGUAGAAUCAAGUGUUUCAACGAAAGGCACGGGUGACAAUGCAGAACUGACCAAUAAUAUAAGUCCACGGUCCAAAACCCCCGGCAGAUCAGGGUUUCGCACUAAGCGACGAAAAAGCAAGGAGGCAACCAGUCCAGUAAGCGAAAAUUGGGAAAGCAAGCCAACUUCAAGCAAGCCAGAGGCCACUUCUCCACCGACACAGGUCGAUGAUGCAGUUUUUCUACCACCCGAUGAAGUAAACAAAUUUAUAUCCAAAAAACGUACAUUUAUAAAAGAAUCUGACAUUUCUGAUAAACAGUUGACCUCUCCUCAUGCUAAUAAACUCAGCGACAAAGUGGCGGCAUCAACUGGACCGACGUACAUCAACAAAGAUGAACCUGAUACUGCUGCUUCCAACAGGAGAACAAAGAAACCUAUUCACAAGGUUUCCGUUAGUUCAGCCAAAAAGGAGGAAAAGGUAGAGAGGGAAUCUCUGUCACCCAAAAAGGAGAUCAAAAAUCCUACUGAGCACAAAUUGUCUUCCUUCUCACAGUCAGUUGAACAACCUCAACCAGUGAUGGAGGACCCACCUGCUAAAUGUCCAAAAUUAGAUGUGGGACCACCAAAGCAGCCAGAUAGACCACAAACAAGCUGGUCUGGUAAAAAAGACACACAAUAUGUAGAACCACACCAAAACACGGGCAAAAAGCCAACAAGUCAGAGUGAGACUAAAGAUGCUGCUGAAUUAGAAAGGCCACAGGGUAACAACAAUAACCAGACUGAGGAAACACACAAACAGACCCCAGAAAAGUGGACCCAUUCAGACACAACACAAACUCAAAUGACAACCACAAUCUUGCAGAGUAAACGGGAAAAUUCAGGGAUUGAGCAAAGUGUGUCAAUGGAUAAUCAGAAAAAUCAGACCCAGAGAAAAAAGGAAGCGAGAUCUUUUGCAGAUCCUAAAAAAGCAGAGUUAGAAAAUACUCAAGCAAUCUUAGACCGACCUACUUCAACACCAACUGUCAAUCAAACAGCUACCGCGAAUCCAGGGGUGGCUAAGGUUACAGUUGUCCCUCAGGAGACCGGAAAAAAGAGCGUUCAAGCGUCUUCCAAGGAAGAAACAGUGACACACGUGUCUGCGAUACCAACAACAUCGUUAGAUGAGGUCAAAAUAGAGCAUAAGGUACAAGCGGUAAAAAAAACACAACGUGAUUUUGCACCCGAGGAAAAACUUCAAGGGACUGUCAGUAAGGCCUCAAAUAAACAUGAAGGCAGUGGUGCUGAAUUUGUCAGUGCAAAGCCAGAGCAAGUGAAUGCAAGUCUCUCUCAUGAACCCCCUGUGCUGAUAAGUGCGCGGACUGACAACAUGGCAACUGUUCAAGAGUCUCCUCGUAUUUCUGUUCGAAACAAUGAGGAGAAAAGCCAAGAUAAUGGUACUCCAAGCUCGAGAGCAAACUUAGAGACGGCGGGAGUUAAAGUCUCUAUAAGAAAACCAAGUCGCCCGCAGUUUGAGGAACUAAAUAAUACAGUGAGGACAAGUGAUCUGACUUCAUUAAAGCCCUCAGAUAAAAAAGCACAGAGCUCUUCUGACAGCACCCUUUCUAUUACCACGGGAAUUGUGAAAGAGAAGACAGACAAGAAAGGGAUUGAUUCUCCAGGCGUUAUUGAGCUUCCCCCCACUGUGAACGGUGAGCUUCCUUCACAAUUGGACACAGUUAAAAAUGAACCAGUCAGUCUUAAACAGAGUUUAACUACUAAAGUAUCGACUUCCCCGAAGACGAAAAAGCAAAACUCGGACUCAGUCCAGCAGUCAUCCCCUAAGAGGUUGCAUUCUCCGCGAGGACUAAGCAGAGAUGAUUCCUCAUUUCAACGGGAUGCUCCAUCGAGUUGGCUUGAUGUGGACUUUCCAAAACAGAGACUUAAACUCCCUGGGCCCAAGCUGAGCGCUUCUGUCAGCGAGAGCAAUCUUUUGGACAGCGACGAUGUUGAUGAUGAAAAUUUCAUCGAGAAGAUCCAGAAGCUUUGUGCUCCCUUUUCCCUACCACCUCGUAAACACAACCCACUCGGGCCACCUCAGCCCCCGUUUGCAAUGCCAGCUAUCAAGGAAGACCACUUUGAGAAGACGUUUGACCCAGAGGAGUUUAAAUUUGGCCUUAGGAAGAAAAAUCGGUCCUUUGACACAGGUCCAAGCUUAUUAGCCAAGCUUCAAAACCCAGAAACCAAAAGUGGUCCUAAGCCUGCUAGGGUGAGUAUAGCAAAUAGGUGUCUUUUGAUCAGUAGUCUGGAUAGCUCGUCCCAUCUGAAAGAGAAGACCGCUAAGAAAGAUGAGGAGGGCAGCAAGGAGGAAAAAGAUGAUCAUAUUAUUGUGAAGUCUCGCCUAGAGGGAAGCUGCGUACUAAGCAGUCUCACAACCCCCAGCGCCAGGGGGAAAAGAAAUGGCGCUCAGGCACUUUCGGAAAUGACCAACUCCAAGGAUGUGUCGCCCCAACUCAGUCCUUCCUCAGAAACCAGCUCGCCCAUUCCGACUACUGUCAGUUCAUUUGCUGAAAACUUUACCACGCAACGGAGAGACCAAAUCCAGCCUACAGAGGCUGUGGUCAGUGACUCAGGUCCUCCAUUUCCCUCCUUUAAUGACAUCAAGCUGCCUGACUAUUUAGAGAAGUACCUCCCUCGAGAACCGACAAAAACAGCGCAGAGCACGGAAGGACAGCCGGAAAUGAAAACAGAGGUUACUGCAAAAACGUCAACUCCACCUUCUGUCCCUGAAGUCGACCUGAUCGCAAAACCAAGUUUGAAUCUCCCUAAGACUGGGCCUUCAUCAUUUGGAAAUUCAGCUCAAAUUUUCCUACCACAUUCAGAGUUUAAUCAGCCUCUGACUCAGAAGUUGGGUACUCACGCGAGGACCGCCAAGGGAUUUCAUAAGCGACCUGGAAAGAUCGUAUUGUUUCAGGAAGCUCAGUUCGGCGGGCAAGUCUACGAGAUCUACAGGGAUGUGGCGGAUUCGACUCACCUUCAGUUCUCGAGUGUCAUAUCUGUGAAAGUCAUACGAGGAUGCUGGAUCCUCUACGAGAAGCCGGACUUUCAGGGACGCUGUAUUGCCUUGGAGGAGGGGGGCCUCGAAUUGACAAACGAGUGGGCAGAGCCGUCGCCAAAUAACCCCUCGCCAAUGCUGAUUGGGUCUAUUCGACUUGCCGUCUGCGAUUACAGCACCCCUCAUAUUGAUCUGUUCACGGAACCGGAAGGGCACGGUAGAGUGACACCGUACCACGACGACGCCGUAGAGACCGGCUCAUUUGGCAUCCCACUGAGCACCGCUUCCAUCCAAGUACACUCCGGGGUCUGGCUGGUGUUCAGUGAUCCAGGGUUCCAGGGAAUGCUCGCAGUCCUCGAAACAGGAGUGUACCCUUUUCCCGAGGCCUGGGGCUUCCCGUCGCCGUUUGUGGGAUCUCUCAAACCCCUUAAAAUGGGUGGUUUUAAAGUGGAGAAUCCAAAUGAAGUUAAGGCUUUGGUGUUCGAGAAGCCUGGACUGGAAGGUUCCAGUUUGGAAAUCAACAGCGAUGUUUUCAGCUUUUGUGAAGAAGGAGAUGAAACAAACGAUGACACUCGCAAGCUGAAGUCUGCGUGUUCAUUGAAGAUUAUCGCAGGAUUCUGGGUCGGCUACGACGAGGAAGGGUUUGAAGGCCAGCAGUACAUGCUGGAGGAAGGAGAAUACCUGGACUGUAGCGACUGGGGAGGCUCCGGGCCGAUACUGUCACUCCGACCCAUUCUAGCAGAUUUCAUCUCACCGCACCUCAAAAUGUUCAGCAACAAAGAUUUCAGCGACCGAGGGAUAAACAUCGACAUCAUCAUGCCAUUCAUCAACCUGGACGACACGGGUUACGGAACUAAGACGCAGUCUGUUGAUGUCGUCAGUGGUGUAUGGGUGGUGUUUGAGGAGCCCGGCUUUUGUGGAGAGUCCUACAUCCUGGAAAAGGGCUUGUACGGAAGCCCGGAGGACUGGGGUGCGCUCCGGGACCGGAUUGCCUCGGCGAUGCCUGUUGUGCUAGAGGAUUUUCAGAACGUGGCCAAGUUCAAGGUGCAACUUUUCUCCGAGCCAAGUUUUCAAGGCACCGUCCUCACUUUGGAGGACAGUGCGGCGACGCUGGAGCGAGGCUUCUCUGUGGCCUCCUGCAAGGUCCUUGUGGGAAGCUGGCUGGCUUUCGAAGGCCGAGACUUCACCGGCAGGAUGUAUCUGCUGGAGGAGGGCAACUACCAGGACGUGAGGGCGAUGGGUUGUGUCGACGCGAGCGGCGCCAUUCUGUCAGUGCAGACGGUCGGCUUCGAGUUUUCCCAGCCCUCCAUCGUUCUUUUCGAGCGUUGCGGUCUGCGUGGAAAGCGGGUGGUGUUGACGGACGGAUGCGUCAACCUUCAGCUGGCUGAGGGCUGCGCUCGGGUCCAGUCGGUGCUGGCGGAGGGGGGCAUGUGGAUAUUAUAUGAGGGGAUUAACUAUCGGGGUCCUCAGAUUCUGAUCAAACCCGGAGAGGUACCCGACUGGCGUCAGUUUAGCAAGUGGAGUAAAAUUGGAUCCCUCCGUCCACUUUUACAGAGGCACGUUCACUUCCGGUUGAGGAACAGACAGACGCGGCUCAUGAUGACAGUGACCGGCGAUCUGGAAGAGGUCAAACUGCUGCGGAUUCAAGAGGCCGAGGAGACUGACGGCCUUGAGCAGAUUUGGGUCUACCGCGGCGGACAUCUCCACUGCAAGCUUCUGGAGGAGUGCUGCCUGAGUCCCAGUGGCAGCGUAACCAUAGCGGGAAGCCGCGUGGGCCUCGUGCCAGAAGUGGACAACCACGUGUGGAGCAUCACACCUGAAGGGUUCAUCCGCUACGUGCCUACGUCUGAUCUGGUCUUGGAGGUGAAAGGGGGGGUUCAUUAUGACAAAAACCAAGUGAUCCUCAACACCCUGGAUCCAAAUAAAGCACACCAAAAGUGGGACGUGGAAAUUAUUUAAGACUCGCCAGCACAGCACGACAAGUGUUUAAGUACUAUGUGCACUUUUGCUCAAAUUUUGUAAUUUUGUCGUUGUCGAAAGACCUCUUUGGGAAUGUAUCACUGCCGACUAUAUAAUACAAGCAACGAGGUUCGAACUUGAAAGAAAACACUUCCAGUACUAUAGCUUAAGGUUGUUUUGCAUUUUUCAAUGAAUGAAUCAGUUUCCCAUUUUGUAAUAAACUUAAACAGUGUUGACACAUCUCGUGUAUUUUGUUCCGAAUGUUAUUUUACAUUUUAU